AACAUAUUUUGAGACCCGAAUUCGGGACCGUAGCAGUGCUCAUCUGGAUAACAACACAAUCCAGUCCCUCACCCAAUCCUGUCAGCCCACAUGUUGAUAAAGCAUUCUAUCACAUCAUCGUACAGGCUCCAAGCCUUGGCCCCCACAAAAAGUCUCUCACUUUUUUCUCGCUUUUUCUUCAACCGCCCACCUUGGAGCGAGGAACCCGUGGCAAGUUGAACCAGAAAUUAAGAGAGCUUUUGAACGUGUGUUUGUGUGUGAGUGUGAUCUGAGACAUGUGCAACAAGAACAGGCCCCCGGAUAUGAAAGCUACGUCUCGGACCAAUAAGCAAUAGAGAGAAAGCCAGACAACAACCACCUAAACCCGCUCGGAAAAUAAGAACCAAGACCAGAAAGCCCAAGUUCCUCAGUCUCCGCCUAACGCUCCCCCGAGAAAACUCACAAAACUCCACCCAAAUGGCCCGCAACCACCGCGAUGAUCACCAGCACCAACUGAACCUGUUCCCUUUACACCCAGAAAGCCUCGUUGAAGACAAAGACAUACACGACGAGAACGUGGCCUUCCUCUUCGACUCCGAGCCAGGCGCCACCCUUAACAGCCUCCUAGCGGGAGCUUCGUGCUCGGAGGAGGACUGCCUCUCUGCCCCGCCAUCGCUAACGUACGCCAACAGCAAACAGGAUAACGACCAAUUAGGUGAUGUUGUCGGUGGCAAAUCCGGCAACAGUAGUACUUGUGCGAGCUCGAAGCUGGUACGAGCGGCCAUGAGGAACAAACAGAGGGAACCGAGCGAGGAAAAGUGGGUGUGUUACUCAGAGUUACUGGUGGAGAAGAAGGAGGUGGAGGCCGAGGUGAGUAGCUGCGCGGCGGAAGUAUGGUGUCCAAAGCGGAUGCCGAGGAAGAUGGACAAGGGGUUGUCGUUGAAGCUUGAUUAUGAGGGUAUCUUAAACGCUUGGUCGGAUAAGGGCCCGCUUUUAAUUGCAGAAGAGACCCCUCCACAGACUGUGCCAGACUUGCAUCACGACCAUUAUCAGCAGCAACUACUUGUGCAUGACUCUGCCAAUGUUUUAGUGGAGAGCUGGGGCAGCGUUGGGAAUGAAUGGGCGGUUCCUGAAAUGGUUGAAAGCUUGAAAGUGAUCAAAGUGAAGGAGGAAGAUCAAGAUCAUGAGGGACUAGGCAAAGAUAAUAUUCAUGGUUGGAAGAAAAGGCAGAUGAUGAGAGAAGCAAGCGUGUUGAGAUACAAGGAGAAGAGGCAGAGUAGACUCUUCUCAAAACGUAUCAGAUACGAAGUUCGUAGGCUUAAUGCUGAGAAGCGACCCCGUAUUAAGGGUCGAUUCGUGAAGAUCAUCAGAAGUUGACAAGUCAUCAUCCUCUGUGGAGGUCAUUAACUAUCUUUUGUGUUCAAUAUUUCAGCUCUUUUUUUAUCCGAGGGGAGAAAAAAACUCUUUUCUUUUGAUAUUUGUAAUAGUAUAGCAUAUGCACUGCUAUAUAUAAUAGUGGCAGUACUUCCAAAACAAACACAAAGAGAGGACAAAAAAAUAAACAAAAAAGAAAGAAAGUUGUAGAGAAAA